AAGUGCAUAUUGUCUUCGCACGCAUAGAUUUAAGUCAAAUUUGACAGUAUAAACAACAGUAUAUUACAAUUCUUUUCUUGAUGGGAUGCAUCAUCAUAGCACUUAAGAGAGCCAGCUUCUCUUUUUUUUUUGCCUGCCUUUCUGUGUAGUGGGACUUGCCGAGUUCUUCUCCCAUUAACCAAAGAUAUGGAAUUGUACCAAAUUCAUUGAGAAAGACGUCUUCAAGUGGCCUUGUUGCUUAUUCUUACUGUAUAAAUUGCUAACUCUUGCUUGCUACUGCUUGUCACAUAAGACUAAUAGUUCAGGUUUUAGAACAGCUUCUGUGCACUUUCAAGAUAUGAAGCAUAAUAACUACAAACUCCCCAUUGUUCACUUGUUUUCUGUUUUACUCUUGAAUCCACUGGUGUCCUGCCAACUUGACUAUAAAUUCUAUGAUGAUUCUUGUCCUAACCUGACAAAAAUUGUUCGGUAUGGUGUUUGGUCAGCUAUGUCCAAUGAUACUAGGAUGGCAGCCUCUCUAUUGAGGCUUCACUUUCAUGAUUGUUUUGUUAAUGGAUGUGAUGGGUCUCUCCUACUUGAUGGUGAGAAUGGAGAGAAAAAUGCAUUGGCCAAUCGAAAUUCAGCUAGAGGAUUUGAGGUCAUUGACAAUAUUAAGGCUAAUUUGGAGAAAGCCUGCCCUGCCACUGUUUCUUGUGCUGAUAUACUAGCUCUUGCAGCAAGAGAAGCAGUUUAUCUUACUGGAGGUCCAUUUUGGAAUGUACCUUUGGGUCGCAGAGAUGGCUUAACAGGAAGUCAGACUGCUGCUAAUCAACAGAUACCAUCACCUUUUGACCCUUUAGAGAUCAUCACUGCAAAAUUUACCUCAAAGGGUCUUGAAUUGAAGGAUGUUGUUGUGCUCUCAGGUGGACACACACUUGGCUUUGCUCAGUGCUUCACCUUCAAAACAAGGCUCUUCAACUUUAGUGGCUCUGGAAAACCUGAUCCUGCACUAGACGCAUCAUUUUUGCAAAGUCUGCAAAAUGUAUGCCCAAACCAAGCAGAUUCUGAUACAAACUUGGCUCCUUUCGAUUCUACUUCCUCCAAAUUUGACAACCUCUAUUACAAGCUUCUUGUGGACAAUUCUGGGCUUCUCCAAUCAGACCAAGCUCUCAUGGGGGACAAUAAAACUGCUUCAUUUGUCAGUUACUACAGCAAGUUCCCUUACUUGUUCUUCAAGGAUUUCGGAGUAUCAAUGGUCAAGAUGGGUGGCAUUGGUGUUCUUACAGGACAAAAUGGGGAGAUCAGGAAAAACUGUAGGCUGAAGAACUAAAAGCUUGGUGUUCCUGCAAUGUAAAUCAAAGCCCUAAGUAAUAUAACUCUUUAAGAAUGGACAAAAUGCAGCACUGUAACCAACUGCAAGUGACAUUAAUGCUUAAUUAAAGUAAUUUGCAAAUUCUAGUGUGUAACAAUUAGACAA